UUUGUUGUUCAUUGUCUUUGAGGUUUGUUUAUCUUAAGAUUGAAUACCGACUGCCUGGAUUGUAAUCUUUCUCUCAGCAAGCGAAGCGAGAAUUUUUAAGAAAACUAAGAAGAGGAAUUCUGCAAUUGCUGUUUUUGUUCUUUCUCAUUCUCUGCUGACUUGCAUUACACACUUUGGAUAAACUCUCUAGUCUUUUUAUUCUAAACUUAACCUUUGUACCACUGAUUUAAGCAUCAUCUUGCAAUGUCACGGGAUAUUCCUUUACGCAAUUCUGGAUUCGGCCUGUUUGGUGCCGUUCCAUCGUUGAGUUCUUCUGUCAGGUCUCAUUCUUCCAGCCAGAGCAGUGCAAGGUUGACAAAUUUGAAUCCAGGGUCCUUAAGCAUGCAAGGAUCUCGAAGUCUCUAUCCAGCAUCUGCUGGUCCAUCUCAAAGCCUGACACCUCUUGUUGGAAGUAGUGGCCGCAGUGCCUAUGCUUCACAACCACAUGGAAGCUUAAAUAAAGCAAUGAAACUUUUAACAAAUCUUGGUUUGUCUGCUGAAGACGUAGAUGAACUGGCCAACAUUCUUGAUGACAAGCCCAGUGUGGAAAUGCUGCCACGACUCCUCAUGCAGAUCAAAGCGCAAAAAUCUGGAAGGAUCACUAUGGCUAACAAUCCCAGGGUUGAUAUGUCUUUGCCAGAAGAGCGACCUUAUCAAAGUUUAAGUGAUAGUUGGGAAGAUCCUAAAAGCUCAAGAGUUGGUGCCUUUGAUGAAGGCCCUAGUUUUGGUCAUGUAGUUGAUUAUAAUUUUGGCAAAACAUCAGAAGAAUAUACUGGUAGCCAUAAGAGACUAGAUUAUGAGAGCAGAGUCCUUUGCAACAGCAGUCUUCGUAAUUCUGAUUCUUCCUCUAGUUUCUUUGAGUCUAAAUAUACUCGCCCUUCUUCGGGGCCUCUGCUUUCAAAGAUGGACAGGAGAAAAGGUUAUCCAUCCCCCAGAAAAAUUGAGGAUUACCAUGGAAAAAUGCCCAGUUCAUUUCCACAUGUUUGCUCCCUUUGUGAUGUUGAUGUUCAUUCCACUAAGGGCUGGAUUAACCAUGUUGAUGGAACACUUCAUGCUGAUUCCCGGCAAAUCCUAUUGGAUGUGUAUCCAGAAUGGGUUCCCAAUAGAAUUCAAGAUACAAUGCUGUUUGAAACCACCAAUCCAGCAGCUGGAAUACUUGGGCCUGCCCCAAUUAAUCCAUUUCUCAUGGGGCGGCCGCUGUCUGGAGUAACUACGCUUCAGGGUCUAAGCGGGGGAAUGUCAAGUCAGGUGCAUGCAACAAAAAAAUCUUCAGGAAAAGUCGUAGUUGCAAAAUAUAAGAAGGGAGCUUGUAACCUGAAGUAUUUGAUGAAUCUUGCAAAGCCCUUUGGAAAUGUCACAAAGCAUUUGGUUUUAGCAUACAAGGCCUUUUUAGAAAUGCGUACACAUGAACAAGCCCAAGCUAUGGUGGAUUAUUACCGAAGUCCUUCAGGCAAGAGUCUUUGCAGACUAGAUGAUAUAUACUUAUCUACUACAAUCAACACUAUUAUGAUCCAAGAAGAAACGCAGACUCAAAGCCCUGGUUAUGCUGUAGUAUAUUUUUCUAAUCUGCCACCAGAAAAAGAUGUUACAUCUGACUUGUUAGAAAUGGCCAGCCAGUUUGGACCUGUGCAGAACUCAUUAAUUUUUAAAUCUGAGGCUUUUAUAGAGAUGGUGAAAGCAUCUGAUGCAGCAACGAUGGCAAAUUAUUACAAUUUGCAUCCUGCAUCAUUAAAGGGUUUCAAGAUCAAAACAAACCUCUGCAAAAAAUACAAAAGAUUGAGAAUAAAACCUGAUAAAGAUGGGAGAAGAGAAUCUGCCGGCAGUGUUUCAUUAAAACCAAGAGAGAAGAAUCAGAAUGCAGUAGCAAAAGAAAGACAUACAAGACCCUUACUUGAUGAUUUCUCAGUAGCAAUAAAAAGGCCAGUAGACACAGAUACAGUUGGCAGUGCUAAUUCUGAUGGUGUUAAUCAGGAGAGUGAAGUAGAACAUGAAGAGGAUGACCUUGAAUUAGAGCAGUGUCCUGAAGACUUGCCCCAGUCAACAGAAGAUACAGACAUGCAGCCUGAAUUUAAAGAAAUGCAAGAUUGUUCAGAUGCUCAUAGUGAAGAAAACAAGAAAACAACUUCAUUACUUGAGUCGGAAGAGACAUUAAGUGAAAGUGUUAAAAUUCAAAAGGGUGAAUUGAUGGAAACAUCAGAGGAUCCAUCUGUACUAGAGAGUUCAUCCGAUCUCCCUGCAGAUGUCUGUGAUCAGAUUUUAGUACCUGAGACCAAGACCACGUCAGAAACAGACAGACCUAGUGAAAAUGAAAACCUUGACAAAGCAGAAGAAUCCAGUGAAAAGAUUUCCAAGCAUAAAACAUUUCAGUCCGCAAGAGGCAUAAAUUUACCUGAUGAGGAAGAACUUCUUGAGCCUGAAGAUAUGGAAGAUUUUGUUACUUUAGAUGAGGUUGGAGAUGAUGAAGAUGCAGAUAUAUCAGGAAUUUAUUCAGGGACAAAAACAGGUUCUCUUUCUAGAAAUCAUGACAGAAGACAAUUGCAGAAUGGAAGAGUGGUUGCUGUUACAGACUUUGAGAAGAAAAAGAAUAUUGGGAAGGAGAUUCUUCAGUUGGCUGAACCUUUUGGAACUGUGACAAACUACAUUGUUUUACAUGAUGAUGUUCAGGCACUAAUAGAACUGUCAAAGGAGGAAGAUGCAAUUAAAAUGGUGGACUUCUACAGUAAAAAAGAACCUGUGGUCUCUGGCACAAAAGUGAAUGUCCAUCUGUCUAAAUCAUUCAAGACUUUGGCGAAUACUGAACGAGUAGUUUACCUGAAGCAUCUUCCAUUCACAAGAUACACAGAUAAUGCUGUCUUGAAGCUUGCGAAACCUUUUGGGAAAGUUAGAUGCUAUAUCAUACUUAGGAAUCGAUUUGAGGCUUUUAUUGAGAUGGAAACUUCAGAUGAUGCUUUACAAAUGUCACAAGAGCUUCUUGCAAAUCCACCUGUGUUAAAUGGUAGGAAGAUGGAAGUUAAUUUGUGCAGAAAGUAUAAGAGGCUUUCGAGGGGUUUGAAACCACCUUCUCCAUCACCUGAUCAUGAGGUAUCUUCUCGAGCAGACAAUCAGAAGGAAAAAUCAAAAACAAAAGAACCAGCUGGCAAAAGAGUUCAUGAGUUAACAAGGUCCCCAAAAGGAAUAAGUAAUGAUGAUGAUGCAGGUCCAGCUGUUAAAAAGUUAAAAGAUGUAAAAGAAGAACCCACUUCUGCAGUGGCUGAAGAUCUGACCAUUCAAUCCCUGGAAUGUCCAGCAAUUGAUACUGAAGAGAAAUUCAGAAAAGAAAAUGACUCCUGCAACAUAAGUAUGGAAACUAGUAAUCUUGAUGAGCGUGGUAAUAUUAAUGAUAAAAAAGAAGAAAAUAAUCUGGACAUCAAGAUUUCAGAAUUCAUAAAGAUUGAGGAAGACAGCGAAAUAACAGAUGAAAAGGCUGAUUUCAGUGGUCCAGAAUGCACACUUGAGACACUAGGUCCAUACCAACCUUCACAACCUGUUGGGGUUGAGUAUGUAAUUCCUAAGACUGGGUACUUCUGCAGACUCUGCUCUCUGUUUUAUAGCAACGAGGAAAUGGCAAAAACAACCCAUUGCAGCACUUUGGGCCAUUACAGCAAAGUUAAAGAAAUGCUGCAAAAAAGUAAGGCUGCUGGAAAGUAAACAUCAGCAAGAAAAAAUGUGAACGCAGCCUUUAGAAAUAUGAAGAGAAGAGGUUUUCUACUUGUGUGUGUUCAUGGUGAACCUUCUGUAUAUGAAGCAGUGUGAACAUCCCUGUACAAAAUAUAUAUAUAAGAUUUUCAAAUCAUUUUUAAUAAAUGACAUUUUUGAGUUCUGUUUGUUUGUAAAGUAUUAAAGCAUUUCUUACAUGCUAAUAUUUUGUGUUUUCGUCAGAAAAUUUUAUAAUGGGCUUCCCAUAACAUAACGAUACUUUAUAUGCACUAGGAGAACAUUGUUCUGUCAGUUUAAUAUUUUUUGUGGACCAAUGUAAGCUCAUUUAAAUGGCUGGUGUAUUUCAGUUUUUUUUUUUUUUUUUAAAAUACGCAUGUAUUUCUACUAAUUGCCCUAAUGUUCUGGAUUUAGUUUAAAAUUAAAUUAUAGUUAUGAUUUAAGUUUUUUGUUUUAAGACUUUAUUUGUUGUUUUAAAUAUAAAGGACUGUUUUGCUGAAUACACCAUAAGUCAUUCCUCAAGUGACAUUAAAUUCAAAAAUAAUUUUUUAAGUGUUUGUGUGCAUCAUUGUAGAAAAUAUUUGUAGCUAUUUGAAAAAAACAUUCCUUUGAUCUUAAUUGCUUUUGUUUGCACAUCAAGUCCUUUCUCCUGUUAUAAUAAAAGUAUACAUAUGGUAGUUCAUUGGUUCGCUCCCUACAAGUCCCAGCCCAGGUACAGUCUGUGGUGUUUGCAUGCUCUCCACUUUUUUGUGUAAUCUGGUUUCCUCCAAAAAACAUUGACAUUUAGAGUGAUGUGCAACUCUAAAUUGAAUUAGUGGUUAUGGGUGUGCCAUGUAGUGGAUUGACAACCAGUUUAGGACCUUGUGUUGGAAUGAAGAAUCCAGAAAAAGAAUGGUGAGAUGUGCCAUUUUUAAAUGUGAAAUUUAAUGCACAGUGCUCUGUUUGCCAUGUAAAAUAAGUUAUAAAAUAUGCACCUCGCAGCAUCAUUCCAUGACUUUUUAGAUGCAUGCAGGCAUAUUGUUAACAAUGGAAGGAGUGUGUGUGAGGUGAGUGCGCGCGUGUGUGUGUCUGUGUAUCUCUCUCUCUCUCUCUAAUAAUUUUCAAGACCUUUUACCACCUCUCAUCGAUGUUUGUUAGCAAUAAGUUAUCCGUAACAUUCUACAAUUAAAUAAAUUAUGUUUUUAUCAUUAGAUAUUCUAUUAAGAAUGUAGGGAGGAUUUCAAUUUUAUUUUUGGUGGAUUGAUUUUAUGACAUCCAAGAAGUAUUCAAAAAUGCAGUUGAAACUCAUGUUUGACAAAUUUAGACAAGAUACUUUUCUAAAAUGAAUGUUCUUAAUAUUUGUUAUUCAUGGUUCUAAAUGUUUUUUUGGAAAUUGUUAUGAAAGUGAAAUUGUAAUUCUAUGUGCAGUAUUUUUAGAAUUACAUUGCACCUUUAUUCUGUUACAUAUAAUGUGCUUAAAAGUACAAUUUACAAAGGAGAUGUCCUUCCAGACUAUUUGGUAGUACUUACCUUAGCUGCUUAAAUUAACAUUACGUAAAUACAUUGUUUUCAUUAUUAUUAACUUUGUUUACUGUAUUUCGGAUUAGUUCCAAGGCUGUCUUGCAGAAAGUAGGGAUUUGCAAGCCAAUUUAUACAUAGUGUAUGUUAUUGUAUAAAAAUAUGCUUAUUUUCCUGUGGUUUAUAGGUCUUGAUUGUAUUUGGGGAAAAAAUAUGCACAAAUAAACAAUGUUCUACUUAUA